GAGACACUGCUGCUCCGGGGGGCUGACCUGGCGGGGAGCGGCAGCGCAAUCCGCUCCGGCGCCGCUUUGUGCGCGCAGCCGCUGGCCUCUCUGCUCCCCGGUCUGCCCCCCGGGACGCCCCCCCUGCCGCACCCCAGUCAUGCAACUCUACCUGCUUCUCCACUGUGGACCUUUGGGAAGCAGCCACUCACCGCGGGAGCUCGGGCCCUAACCGCUCCAGGAGCCGGUAGGUGUCCGCCCGGAGCCAGCCCGCGACCCUCGCUCGGGCUGGAGCCACGGGCUCCGAAGUUGUGGGGACCAGCGCGAGUUGGAAAGUUUGCCCGAGGGCUGGUGCAGGCUUGGAGCUGGAGGAACGCGCGCUGUCUUCGGAGCCUGAGCGGGCCACUGACCAAAACCUUGUGCAAGUGAGCUCGACCAUGGUGCAUCCAGAUUCUCCUCAAAAGUGAGACUUUCUGAAGGACCAAUGACUCUGUUUCCUGUGCUCUUUCAUUUUUUCCUACUCCGUAGCUAUGUCUCGAUCCCGUCAUGCAAGGCCUUCCAAAUUAGUCAGGAGGGAAGAUCUAAACAAAAAGAAAAACAGUCAGCUGAAGAAGACAUCCAAGGCAGCCAACAAAAAUGUGGCAUCGGUCAAGACAAUGAGCCCUGGGAAAUUAAAGCAAUUAAUUCAACAAAGAGAUGUUAAGAAAAAAACAGAACCCAAACCACCAAUGCCAGUUAGAAGCCUUCUGACAAGAGCUGGAGCAGCACGAAUGAAUUUGGAGAGGACUGAGGUUCUUUUUCAGAACCCGGAAUCCUUAACUUGCAAUGGGUUUACAAUGGCUCUCCGAAGUACCUCUCUUAGCAGGCGACUCUCCCAACCUCCAGUAGUCAUAGCCAAACCCAAGAAAGUUCCACCUCCUAAAAAUUUAGAAAAGAAACAUGAGUGUAAUUAUAAGGUACUCACUAACAUGGGAGUAAAGCACUCAGGAAACGAUUCUGUCUCAAUGCAAGACCCCCUAAUUCCUCCCGAUAUAGAGAAUCUAAUUGGCAUACAAAAUGCAUCUUUAAUUAAAGGUGAGAGCCAAGAGAUAGCCCAGUCUUGGUCCCAAAGGGCUGAGGAUUCCAAAAUAAAUAUUCCCAUUCACAGUGGUCCUGCAGCAGAGAUCCUUUCUGGGUCAUUGGAAGGCACCUGUGAUGGUGAAGGAGUAUUCUCUAAAGAGACAUUGAAUGAUAUCAGUAAUUCCCCUAGAAUGUUUGCUCAGGACACUCUGUGUGCUCCUUUGCUCCAAAGAGCAGCUCUCAAGGUUACCUCUGAAGGAAACUCUAGCAUUCAGUUAGAAGAUUUGGGUUCACGAGUAGAAUCUCUUAAGCUAUCUGAUUCUUACCAGGAGCCCAUCAAAAGUGAACAUGAUUGCCGCCCCACCUCCAGCUUUAAUAAAGUUAUUAUACCUGAAUUAGACCUUAGAAACUAUUUGUCUAUUGGUGGGUCAAUGUAUCCUACCUCAUUAAUAAAACUCCUCUUGACAGGCUCAGAACAAAAAACCCUUGGUGCUAAACCAGAUCAUCCAGAGGUACUUAAAGCUACUCUAGAUAAACAGGAAGUUCCUGACACCACCCCUGUCCUAGGACAGGCCUUUAGUGCUGUCCCACAUCAAUGGGAAGUUCCUGGUGCUAACCCAGUUCAUGGAGAGGCUCUGGGUGAGACCCAAGACCCACCAGAAUUCCCUGGUGCUAUCUCAGUCCAAGGAGAGGUCUUUGGUGCUAUCCUAGACCAACAAAUCCUUGGUAUGGGUGGUGGUACUGUCUCAGACCCACCUAUCUUUCUUCCUGCCCCUCUAAACCCAAUUGCUACUUAUAAUACUCUCCCAGAAUGGCCUGAUCCCCAGGGUACCGUUUCAUACGGCCUUGAGGUCCAGGGUGCUAUGCCGAUAUUGCCUUUGGGCGGCUCAGGUUACACUCCUCAACCAUCAUCACACUCAGAGAUAAGUUUGGUACCUCCAAUAAUGGCUAUAAGCAAUAUAGAAAAUGAGAAGCAGGUUCAUAUAAGCUUUCUGCCAGCUAACACUCAGGGGUUCACAUUAGCCCCUGAGAGGGGACUCUACCAUGCUUCACAGGGCAUUGCCCAAUACUCCCAAGCUGGUCCUAGCAAACCAGAAGGUGGGAACUCCCAGAUCAACACCACAGUGGUGUCUAGGCCAGUGUCACUUGCCAGUACCUCCUCUUCUCCUUCCUAUACAACUUUGCUACCUACAUUGGAAAAAAAGAAACGAAAGCGAUGUGGGGUCUGUGAGCCCUGCCAGCAGAAGACCAACUGUGGUGAAUGUACUUACUGCAAGAACAGAAAGAACAGCCACCAGAUUUGUAAGAAGAGGAAAUGUGAGGAACUGAAAAAAAAACCAUCCGUCAUUGUGUCUUUGGAGGUUAUAAAGGAAAACAAGAGGCCCCAGAGGGAAAAGAAGCCCAAAGUUUUAAAGGCAGAUUUUGACAACAAACCAGUAAAUGGCCCCAAGUCAGAAUCCAUGGAAUACAGUAGAUGUGGUCAUGGGGAAGAACAGAGAUUGAAAUUGAACCUACAUCCCCUUGAAAAUGUAACUAAAAAUGAAGAAAGUAUGACAGGUAUUGAAGUGGAGAAGUGGACACAAAACAAGAAAUCACAUUUAACUGAUCAUGUCAAAGGAGAGGUUAAGGCAGUCGUGACAGAAGCUGAACAAUUAAAAAAUUCUGAAGAUGACAGGAAAAAAGUCCUACUUACUGAACUCCUUGAACCUCAAAAAUUGUUUCCACAAUCUAUAAGAAAUGGCAUUAAAAAUGUACACUAUUUACCAACUGAAACAAAUGUAUCUUUUAAAAAAUUCAACAUUGAAGAAUUUGGCAAGGCGUUUGAAAACAAUUCCUAUAAACUCCUGAAAGACACUGCAAAUCAUAACAAUGCCAUGAGCUCCAUUGCUACAAGCGCAAGCUGUGAUCAUCUUAAGGGGAGAAGUAAUGUUUUAGUCUUCCAGAAGCCUGGCUUUAACUGCAAGUCUUUUCCAGAUCCUGCAAACCUCAACUUAAAUAGUCAGACUAGUACACCCAAUGAAAGUGAUCAACCAAAAUCUCUAGAAAAUAUACCAAGUAAAGAACCAAAAGAUGGAUCUCCAGUUCAACCAAGUCUUCUAUCCUUAAUGAAAGAUAGGAGAUUAACGCUGGAGCAAGUAGUGGCUAUUGAAGCUUUGACUCAGCUUUCGGAAGCCCCUUCAGAAAAUUCCUCGCCAUCAAAGUCAGAGAAAGAUGAAGAAACAGAGCAGAGGACAGCUAGUUUGCUUAAUAACUGCAAAGCUAUCCUCUAUUCUGUAAAAAAAGAUCUCCAAGAACCAAAUUUACAAGGAGAGCCACAAAGCCUUCAUCACUGUCUACCUUUGGAAAAGCAAAGUUCAUGCAACACGGUGGUGUUCAAUGGCCAAAAUAUCAUUUCUAAGUCACACAACAGUUUAGCUACUAACCAAGCAUCUACAAAGUCACAGGAGUAUUCAAAAGUCGAAAAUUCAAUAUCUGUUUUUACAUCGAAUUCAAGUUCAUCUAAAAUUAACACCAAUAAAAAUGUUGCUCAAGGCAGAAUUACUCUUGACAGUUGUUCCAAGAAUCUGCAUCAGUUGCCACCAACAAGUAAUAAAUUGGGGUGUUGUAACCAGUCACUGGAUAGCAGUAAAAAGUUGGACUCAAAGGAUAAUCCAUCAUGUCAAGAUACAGUUCAUAGUAAAAUAGAGGAAGAUGUUGCAACACAGUUAACACAACUUGCAUCGAUAAUAAAAUUUAAUUAUAUAAAGCCAGAUGAAAAAAAUGUUGAAAGUACACCAACAAACCUUGUUGCAUAUAACAUGCAGCAAAAGUACAGUCAAGAGAAGAGCACAAUACAACAGAAACCACCUUCCAGUGUUCAAAAUAAUCAUGGCUCAUCAUUAACAAAGCAAAAGAAUACAACCCAGAAAAAGACAAAAUCUACCCCAUCAAGAGAUCGGCGGAAAAAGAAGCCUGCAGUCAUAAAUUGUCAAGAAAAUGAUCAGAAAAAGCAGGAACAGUUGUCAUAUGAGUACAGUAAGUUACAUGAUAUCUGGAUAGCAUCUAAAUUUCAGAGAUUUGGUCAAUUUGGUCCACAUGAUUUUCCUGUUCUGUUGGGAAAAAUUCCUCCUGUAAGUAAAUUAUGGAAACCACUGACUCAAACAAGUUCAGCAUUAGAACACAAAAAAUUAUUUCCUCCACUCACUCAGAUAAAAUUUGAGCGAUACUAUCCUGAAUUAGCACAGGAAAAAAUGAUGAAGGUUGAUCCAUUGGAUUCUCUCCCUAUAUCCCAGUUGAAAACAGAAUCCAAUGGGCAGGCGUUUACAGGAAAAGUUUAUAAUUCUCAGGUACAGCCAACAGUGAAUGUCAAUCAGAAUGCUCAUCUUUUACUCCAACCUUCCUCUCCAACUAACCAGUGUGCUAAUGUGAUGGCUGAUGAUGACCAAACACAGUUCCAGCAGGAUGUUAAAGAUCAACUCAUGCAUCAGAGACUGCCAACUUUGCCUGGGAUCUCUCAUGAGACCCCCUUACUGGACCCAGCACAAAUUCUCAGGAAUGUGAAUGUAGUAUGUUCAGGUGGAAUUGCAGUAGUUUCUACCAAAAGUGAAGAGGAUGUCUGUUUAUCUAGUGUUGGAGCAUCAGAAUUUUCCCCAGCAGAGAAUACACAGAAAAGUUUUAAUGAUUAUGCCAUGAGCUUCUUUACUAAUCCUACAAAAAACCUGGUGUCCACAACGAAAGAUUCCGAAUUGCCAACCUGCAACUGUCUUGAUCGAGUUAUACAAAAAGACAAAGGCCCAUAUUAUACACACCUUGGGGCAGGACCAAGUGUUGCUGCUGUCAGGGAAAUCAUGGAGAAUAGGUACGGGCAGAAAGGAAACGCAGUAAGGAUAGAAAUAGUAGUGUAUACGGGGAAAGAAGGAAAAAGCUCUCAUGGGUGUCCAAUCGCUAAGUGGGUUUUAAGAAGAAGCAGUGAUGAAGAGAAAGUUCUUUGUUUGGUUCGGGAGCGUACAGGCCACCACUGUCCAACAGCCGUGAUGGUGGUGCUCAUCAUGGUAUGGGCCGGCCUCCCUCUUCCAGACAAGUUGUACACGGAGCUUACAGAAAAUCUAAAGUCAUACAAUGGUCAUCCCACAGACCGAAGAUGCACUCUCAAUGAAAAUCGUACCUGUACAUGUCAAGGAAUUGAUCCAGAGACUUGCGGAGCUUCAUUCUCUUUUGGCUGUUCAUGGAGUAUGUAUUUCAAUGGCUGCAAAUUUGGUAGAAGCCCAAGCCCUAGAAGAUUUAGAAUUGAUCCAAGCUCUCCCUUACAUAGCUACUAUGAAAGAAUUACUAAAGGACGUAAUCCAGAAAGAAGAUAUAUGAAACCGGAAGCAAUCUGUCCGGGACACGAGGCCAUGGAAAAAAACCUUGAAGAUAAUUUACAGAGUUUGGCUACACAAUUAGCUCCAGUUUAUAAGCAGUAUGCUCCAGUUGCUUACCAGAACCAGGUGGAAUAUGAACAUGUUGCCCGAGAAUGUCGGCUUGGCAGCAAAGAAGGUCGUCCUUUCUCUGGGGUCACUGCUUGCCUAGACUUCUGUGCCCAUCCCCACAGGGACAUCCACAACAUGAACAAUGGAAGCACUGUGGUUUGUACUUUAACACGAGAAGAUAACCGCCUGUUGGGUGUUAUUCCACAAGAUGAGCAGCUGCAUGUGCUACCCCUUUAUAAACUUUCAGACACCGAUGAGUUUGGCUCAAGGGAAGGAAUGGAAGCCAAGAUCAGAUCCGGGGCCAUUGAGGUCCUUACGCCCCGCCGCAAAAAAAGAACACGGUUUACUCAGCCAGUUCCUCGUUCUGGGAAGAAGAGAGCAGCGAUGAUGACGGAGGUUCUCGCGCAUAAGAUAAGGGCUGUAGAAAAGAAAUUCAUUCCUCGAAUCAAGCGGAAGAAUAACUUGAUGACAAACAACAGUAAGGCUUUAUCGCUGCCACUUUUAGGGAAUAAAACUGAGACCUUGCAACCCGAAAUAAAAAGUGAAUCUGAACCCAAUUUUAUCUUCAAAGGUUUGGACAACACAAAAACCUAUUCACUGACCCCAUCCAUUCCUCACCCAGUGAAAGAGGCAAACUUAUCUCCAGGCCUCUCCUGGUUGCCUAAGACUGCUUCGACCACAACAUCUCCUUUUAAGAACGGUGCAUCAGUUUCGUACGGGUUUUCAGAAAGAAGUAGCAAUCCCCACUGCACAAUGCCUUCUGCAAGACACAGUGGUGCUAAUGCUGCUGCUGGGGAAUGCACUGGAAUCGCACAGCCUGGUGAAGUGGGCCCUCUUCCCACCUUGUCUACUCCCAUGUCAGAUUCCCUGGUUUAUUCUGAGCCUCCCACUGGUUCAUCUGAGCAGCUAACUUCUAAUCAACCAAACCAGCAGCCCCCAUUCAUCACCUCUCCUCCAGAACUUGCUUCCUCUCUGAUGGAAGAAGAUGAGCAGCAUUCUGAAGCAGAUGAGCCUCUAUCAGAUGACCCCCUAUCAGACGACCCCCUGUCACCUGCUGAGGAGAAAUUACCCCACAUUGAUGAGUAUUGGUCCGACAGUGAGCACAUCUUCUUGGAUGCCAAUAUUGGUGGGGUGGCGAUAGCACCCGCUCAUGGCUCUGUUUUGAUUGAGUGUGCCCGGCGAGAGCUUCAUGCUACAACUCCUGUUGAACACCCAAACCGGAAUCAUCCUACACGCCUCUCCCUUGUCUUCUACCAGCACAAAAACCUGAAUAAGCCCCAACACGGUUUUGAACUAAACAAGAUUAAAUUCGAGGCUAAAGAAGCUAAAAAUAAGAAAACCAAGGCCUCAGAGCAGAAAGAUCAGGCAGCUAAUGAGGGUCCUGAACUGUCUCCUGAAGUUAAUGAAUUGAACCAAAUUCCUUCUCAUAAAGCAUUAACAUUAACCCAUGAUAAUGUUGUCACUGUGUCCCCUUAUGCUCUCACACAUGUUGCAGGGCCCUAUAACCAUUGGGUCUGAAGGCUUUUCUCCCUUUCUUAAUGCCUUUGCUAGUGCAGUGUAUUUUUUCAAGGUGCUGUUAAAAGAAAGUCAUGUUGUCGUUUACUAUAUCUUCAUCUCACCCAUUUGAAGGCUGAGGUAAAAAAAAAAAAUAGGGUGGGUAUUUCUUAACUGUGACUAUAUUUUGACAAUUGGUAGAAGGCGCACAUUUUAAGCAAAAAUAAAAGUUUUAUAGUUUUAAAUACAUAAAGAAAUGUUUUGGUUAGGUGUUAACCUUGAUAGAAUCACUCAGUUGGUGCUUUAAAUUAAGUCUGUUUACUAUGAAAAAGAGUCAUUUUUAGAGGAUUUUAACAGGUCAUAUGUUAUGAUGUAAUCAAGAUACACAGUGUUAACUCUACACAGCUCCUGGUGCUUAACCACAUCCACACAGUUAAAAAUAAGCUGAAUUAUUAUUUCAUGGUGCCAUUGUUCCAACAUCUUCCAAUCAUUGCUAGAAAAUCGACAUAUUCCUUUGAAGUAAACCAAUGAAAUGUUUUCUCUCUUAAAAUAUCUCUCCUGUAUAAAAUAAUUCAUUAUCGUUAGUAAUGGUUGGAGGCUGUUCAUAGAUUGUAAAUAUAUAUUUUAAAAGCACUUUCUAUUUUUAAAAGUAACUUGAAAUAGUAUAGUAUAAGAAUCCUAUUGUCUGUUGUUUGUGCAUAUUUGCAUACAAGAGAAAUCAUUUAUUGCUGUGUAGAGUUCCAUCUUGUUAACUGAAAUAUGUAUUCUAAUCAUGUAUAUGGUUUGUGUUUUUUUAAUGUGUCCUUUUCAUUCAAAUAUUAGUUACUCACAUAAAAUAGAUCAUGCAAAAAUUGUUAAUUAUCUCUAAAAUUGGAAUUUGGCAGCAUAUCACCAAUAUUGAUUAACAUUUUCUUUGGAACUAAGUAAGAGUGGUCUCUUCUGAUUUAUCAAGCAACAAUGGCUCCCAUUUACUUUCAUCCUAGCUUUCUCAAUAUAAUCCAUGAAGGGUGUUUUCAAAAGGAGAUGGGACAUAAUAGGAUUCAGAAGAGUCAAAUGCUUCUAAAGUGUCAAAGUGAUAAAAUACAAAAAUUGAGUAGUAAAAACUCUACCCAUCCCAAAUUGCCUUAUUUGUUCUGAAAGUCAUUGAUACAGAAUAAGAAUAAAAUUUCUGUAGAAAUGUUUUGGGGGGAAAAAAUCCCUAUCAUCAUAACACCCCAAUCAAACAAUAGGAUUGGUAUUAUAAGUUUAGUCCUGCCCAUUAAGAGCUAAUCCAAAAUAGUUUAUCUAAGCAUAUUAGUUUUGGAAGAAUGAUAAUUCCUCUUCUGAUAAUUGCCUAUGUUCCAGGUAACAGGAAAAUAGGCAUUUAUUUUAGUCCUCCCAUUAUUUUUUCCUAGGACUUUUUCGAUUCAUAGAAAAACAAAAAGGAUUGCCCAAACCAAAUGUUUUGAAUAAGAAAAAAAUUUUAAUGAAAUACUUGAUUUUGUUAAAAUGCAGAGGUGCUAUAACAUUCAAAGUGUCAGAUUCCUUGGGAGUAUGGAAAACCUAAUGGUGCUUCUCCCUUGGAAAUGCCAUAGGAAGCCCACAACCUCUAACACUCACAAUUUUGGUGCAAAAGUUCCAGCAAGCUCUCUAAAGAAAAACUCGUUAUAGCUUAUAUUAAAAUAAUAUAUGGUGCAAAGUAUCAGUUUCAAGCUUUUGACUAAUCCAAGUAAAGGAAUAUGAAGGGAUUGUAAAUAACAAAAUGUCCAUUGAUAGACCAUCAUCUUGUACAAGUAGAUUUCUGCUUUUGAAUAUGUAAAAUAGGGUAAUUCAUUGACUCGUUUUAGUAUUUUGUGUGCCUUAGAUUUGUUUUAAAACAUGUAUAUUUUUUUGUGAGCCUAAGGUUUCUUAUACAUAUAAGCAUAUAAAUAAGUGAUUGUCUAUUGUUUCAGCUGCUUAAAUAAGAUAUUCACUAGUAUUAGACUAUCAGGAAUACACCCUUGUGAUAUUUCGUUUUAGAUUUUAGACCUUAGCUCCCACUAGAAAUUAUUUCUUCACCAGAUUUAAUGGAUAAAGCUUUAAGACCCUUUAUCCAUCCACCCAUCUAUCCAUUCUUCCAUUCAACAAUUAUUGAAUGUCUGCAAUAUUUAAGUAUUAACUUUUUUUUAAUCACUACCCAUAAUAUAGUCAACUUUAAGAAUUAAAAUCCUAGAAGAUACUCUUACACAUUUUUUUCUCGAAGAAAUAACAAAUUUCCUUCAAAACAAUCCAUUGUAUGGCAAAUCUUCAAAUCAGUGUCACUAACUUUAAAUAAGUUCUUUAACAAUCUAAACUUGAAGCACCAGUGCUGACUGAGGGGAAUAUUGGGAUUUGUAAAGUUAGUUGCAGUUUACCAAAACAAAUACAUGAAAAUAUUUAGUCUCAACUGAAAUGUUUCCAUUCUGUUAUUAUAAUUAAUACCGUGAAAGGCCUACUCAACUGAUAACCCCAUGGUGAGACCCACACACUAUUACUACUUUGUUGGACUCUAUUUCAUAAGUUUAACAGUUUACCAUCCCCUUGUCUGCCCUGUAAUUUUUUAAAGCUCAUGCUUAUUUACUGUUCUACAGCAUUGUGAUUGUAUGCUGGCUACACUGCUGUUAGAAUGCUCUUUCUCAUGAAGCAAAGAAAUAAAUUUGUUUGAAAUGACAUUUUCACUCA